UCCAUAAUCCUGUCAUACAUUCGUCAAAUCUCCGUACAAAUACGUCAAAAUGAAAAUCGUGCUUGUUCUGUUCGCUUGUUUGAUAAUCAGUUGCCAUGCCAUGCCAAGCAAUUAUAAUAUAAAACAAAAAGCACUCGGAAAGAAGGCGAGUAACGUGGCCGUGAUCAACGAAGGGCCGAAAUCUGCACCAGGAUCAGAGGAACCAUGCGAGGACCCGUGCGAGGAACCAUGCGAAAAACCACGCGAGAAGCCACGUCAGGAACCAUGUGAGGAGCCGUGCGAGGAGCCACGCCAGGAACCAUGCGAGGAACCAUGCGAAGGACCAAGAAGUGUACCAGUAAGCAAUGAGCCAUGCGAGGAGCCAAGCGUGGAAUAUGUAGAGGUACAAACCGUUCCUUGCGAUGGACCACCGCAGCCUGAACCAUGCGACGAAGGUCCCCAAAACCCAUGUCAGGAAGAAGUAGUGCCAUGCUAAAGGAAUAUCUGACAGGAAAAAAGAUAAUAGGGAUGCUUGCGCAAUGGUAGCGAAGGUAGCGCCACCAUUUUACAAUGUAAACACUAAAUUAACAUUGACAGUCUAUGGAUAAAGUAAAAUAAAAAAUGGCGGGAAUAUAUAGUCUGUAAUAUUUCAGUUUCCCACUUAUCGCUACAGACUAAAGCGAGGAUUAAAUUUGUUUACAUUAUAAAAUAGUGGCGCCCCCACCCGGAUAAAUUUGCAAUAAAAUCCCUUAUUAUUCACAGACAUGAGAUUUCUUUGAUAAUUUAAAUGUAUUUGUUGGAAUAUUUAUUUUAUUUAUUGUUUAUCAUCAAAAAAAGUAUACAAUACUUCUUUUAUUUAUGAAUAAUUGUAUUAGUCAUAUAUAGAUACAUACACAUAUACAGACUAGGUACUUAUAGUUUAAUAAUAAUGUAUUAUCUAUGAUUUUUAU